CUCUCAACUAACAAAAGCUGUCAAGCGAGGUGCUGGAGCAGGAGCGACGCAAUAUCCUCCACGUGAUGCCGCCUCCACACCAGCCCCUCGCGUCGGCCUCGGGGUCAGGCUCGAGUUCAGCGUCCCCCGUCCCUCCGACAGCCCCUCGCCGGUCCAUCGCCCGCCGAUCAUGCCAGCUCUGCCGACAACGCAAGGCGCGCUGCGAGCUCCCAGACGAGACGGUACCCGACAGCCCGGUUCCGCUUGCCCAAGAGCUCAAGUGCCAUCGAUGCAAGGUGUUGCGCGAGGACUGCGUCGUGCUCUCCGCCGGCCGCGCGGGAACAAGCAAGAAGCGUAAGGCCGACGACGCGCCAACAAACGACGCUACCCCGCCCGUGAGGGCACAACAGCCGGCUCCGCCGGCAGGUGCAGAUGAGGAGCAUACCAUCAUGUCGACUUUCGAGCCUGGAAGACCGACGCAGCCGGUUGGGAAGAGCAGCUUGCGGUACCACUCGCGGCCGUUGACCCUCACCACCGAGAUGCUCCGACUUGCAUUCGCACCGGAGGCCACCAGCGCGACUGAUGCAUGGCCUAUCAGUGUUGAGGUCGUUCAAGACGCAUACCACCAGCUCCUUCUCAUCCACCCCGCCCUCCCGGCCCUCUCGCCCCCGACGGCCACCGCAUCCAUCUCUGAGCGACUCUUACAACGCCUCAUGUGGUACGUGUGCGGCCUGCACACACCGUCCUUUCCGACCUCGACCCUUCAGACGCUCGCCGAGGACAUACCGCGACUCCGCGACGACGUCCUCCGGCGACUCCCCACGUCCCUCGACACGGUCCUCGCCCUGCAGCUGUUUGGCAUCUUCGUUCCCCUUGGUGUACUGCCAGGGCAGGCUGUGAUCGAAGCGAGGUCGGUCGGCAAGAACGACAUGGUCCAUGUCGCUGCGUCGCAUGUCCUUCGUCGUCUUCAGGCAGCGGACACUCCGAGCGUGACUGCCUACAACCUCGCGUGGACCGCCCUCCUCGACACGAAGCUACGCAUAUCAACUGAGCUUGACUCUGAUAGGCCAGCGGCACCAGAUGACCUCGGGACUGCCAUCACAUCCGCCCGCAACCUGGUCUCCGUGCCCGGUCAGGCAUGGGCUGCCCAUCUCGCAUCCGAUGACGCGACGUCGCGGGCACGAGCAGUGGGUCAGCUUGCCCUGUGCGACCGCAUCAUCCGCGACGGCCAGGUCCUGCAAACCAUGCAGGCAAUGUACUCGGCGAUCGACCAGAUGGCCCACGGCACCAUCACACCAUCCAAUGUGGUGGCGAUCGGUGCCCAGCAGCUGUCAGGGGCAACAGAGGCUCGGGAGGCGACCGAGGACCUUCUCAACACAUCACUGAGCAUGUACUCUCUCGACCCGACAGAUCCGCUUGUUCGGCCAUGGCUGACGUGCCGUGCGAUCCACUCCGCCCACCGUGAUGGCAAGAUUCAGCGAACGGCACUGCGCCUGCUCAUGGCGACGCACUACCUUCCUCGGGACACCUCGGUCGAGAACGCCGAGCGCGUUCGCCAAGCACUGCAAAGGUCCUACCACACGCCCGAUGUGCUUGCCUUCUUUACCGCAGACCCCAGCCCUGCCGGCUUCGACCUCAUCCCGUCUCUCUCGACAUCUCGCAUGGCGUCGCUCGAGGCCAUCCUUGGCUCUUUCCAGCGUCUUCUCCCAACCGACCUGCAACCCUGGCACGAGCUGUGGGCCAUGGCGGUAGACGGCACGAGCGUGUUCAAGGAAAUGCAGGCCGGGUCGAUCAUGCUCGUCGGGCCCAUGAACGGCGAGAAGGGUGAACGCGCACUGCGACAGAAGAGUCGGAUCCACGAGUGGGGCGGUGCCAAGGCCGGACUGCUCGCCGUCGCGGACAUCCUACUCCAAGGCGAGGCCGGCGUGGUGCCCGUUCCCCCUGGAGCCAAGACCAUCGGGACAAUGUGUGACAAGCUGGUCCGCAGCAUGAUCAAGGUCAUGGAUGAACGUCAGUUCGACGACGACCCCAGUGGUCGCCAGGGCCUCCACGUCGAGCACCCGCGACUCCUCGGCGGCAAGUGA